CGCGUCAAACCACUUUACGAGCACUGCUACUUUGCCGCGACCCCUCUCAAUACAGAAUACCACAGCAAAACACACACAAUCAUGAUCCGCCACGAUUAUUCUCGAGUCGACACCAAACGACGCCCCAACAUUGACUACAAGAAACGGCAGUUUGCGAAAGCAGAAUUUCAACAACAGAAUUAUGAUCAUCGUCUCAACUUCUACAGGCUGCCGCCCACGGCAGAGAUCACGCUGGAGGAGUUCGAAACAUGGGCAAUCAGCCGUCUGAAAGUCCUCUCAGAGCUUGAAUCCUGCAGUUUCCGCAACCGAAGCCCUGAAGAGACCGCCGAGUACAUGACCAGCAUCCUGUCGAAACACCUUCCUCUUCACUCCAACUCCUCUAGAAGCCAAAGCUUGCAAGAUGAACGGCGCAAAGAUCACUAUUCACACUUCAUUUUGCGGCUCGCGUUUUCUUCGACCGAAGAACUGCGCCGCCGAUUUUCGCGGUUGGAAACGAUGCUCUUUAGGUUGCGAUUCAGAGAUGAUGACUUCAGGGAGAGGCAGGAGUUUGUAAAAGACCUGAGCUUGGAGUGGGAAGAAGUGGACGAGGAUGAGAAGAGGGAGUUGAAAGACCAAUUAAUGGCUGCCAGCUCACUGAAGAAGGGCGACGAACAGGAGUGGAUCAAAGUGGAUUGGGAAAGAGUGCCCGAACUCGUGGAACAGAGAAGGGUUUUGAUGAAGAGAGGAAAGGCAUAUGUGCCGCAGAGGGAGCAACAGAGUCUGGUCGUUGCUGAUUUCACCAAACGGUUGGAUGAAGCCCUUUCGCUGACGGCCCGCGCACUCCCCCGCCUCGAUGAAGACGACCGUCUCGCCCCCAUACUCGCCCACCUUUCCCAAUCCUUCAACUCCCCCGACGCAGCCUACUCCUCCUCAGACGCCGAAAUCGACGGCCUCUCCUCCAUCCGCGCAAACUCCAUCGAUACCCUCUCCAAAAACUUCCCCCUCUGCAUGCAAAACCUCCACAUGACCCUCCGCGCAAAUUCCCACCUAAAACACUACGCCCGUCUCCAAUACACCCUCUUCCUCAAAGGCAUCGGUCUCAGCCUCGACGAAUGCAUCAUCUUCUGGCGCAAAUCCUUCAAACUAAUGACAGACGACAAAUUCCAAAAAGAAUACAAAUACAAUAUCCGCCACGCCUAUGGCGACGUAGGCGGCGAUGCGAAUCGUCGCGGGCGCGGUUAUACUCCUUACUCGUGCCACAAGAUCAUCACUGAGCCAUUACCUGGACCCGGACAAGCCCAUGGAUGUCCAUAUCGCACGUUCACGCCUGACAACCUUACAGCUAUGUUGCAGCGCGUUGGCGUGCAGGAUCGCGAUUUACUCAAGGCGGUUAAAGAGGAUGUGAACAAGACUCGGUACCAUGUUGCGUGCAAUCGUGUGUUUGAGUAUUCGCAUAAGAGGGAGAUUAAAAAGGUCAAGGAUGAUGGGAGUUGGAGCGCGGCAGAUUUGGAUACCAUUGUGCAUCCAAAUGCGUAUUUCAAGAGGAGUUGGCUUUUGAAACAUGUUGGGGAUGGGAAUGCGGGUGUGGUGGCCGGUGCUGGGGAUAAGAUGGAGGAGUAG